UAUCUUUUAUCAUUAUCUAAUGUUAUAAAUACCACAUAAAAUAACAUGUGAAAUGCACAUGUCUUUGUCAAGUAAUCCCUUAAGAGAGUAAAAUAUGCUAACUACCUUUUUAUUUUGAGAGUUUUGUCCUAACUUUUCUCCAAACCCUUGGUUUCCAUGGUUCCUUGUUUCCCUAAGCUUCUCUACGCAAAAAAUGUUGUACACUCCAUCCCCCCUCUCUCCAACGAUCACACACACAAGCAUGCACAUACUCACAUAUCUCAUAAUCUGAAUUCCAAUAUGAUCUUCCAAUUUAUUUCUAAUUCCUUUCAUUUAUAUCUAAUGAUCUAAUUUACCAAUACAUUAUCAUUAUCUAAUGAUCAGUAUCCGGUAGAAAAAACUUCAUCAAUUUCUUCAAAGCCAUUAUUGUUCAAGAUUUAUUGUUUUUUUUUUUGGUUUUUAAUUAUGUGAUUUUUUUUAUUCAUGUACAAAAUAAGAACGUUAUCCUACAUUGCAUUCACAUGACCUUAAAAACCACAAACACAAAAUUUAGAGUUGUUACAUUGUGCAUAAAGGUUUUAAUAUUUUUUCCCUAACCUUUAUUCUCGAUAUUUAUUGUUCCUCCAUGAAGAAAAUCCUUUCAACUCGCGGCCUUCGGCGGCUCUCCCACCCAAUAGCCACCGCCACCGCCUCCUCCUCCUCCUCCUUAGACGAUCAAAAGUUACACUACCAACUAUUAUGGAGAUAUCAAAUCUUAGACCCAAAUUCUUACAUUGUAACACAAUGGAAUUACAUUUUCCUCCUUACUUGUGUCAUUGCACUUUUUAUCGAUCCUCUUUAUUUUUUUCUUCCCUCGGUUGGUUCUGAUCAUGCAUGCCUCUCCUCCGACACUAACCUUCUAGCCUCUGUUACCGUCCUUCGUACACUUGCUGAUCUCUUUUAUGUAUUCCAUAUUGCAAUAAAAUUUCGAACCGGUUUUGUUUCUCCUAGAUCUAGGGUUUUUGGGAGGGGAGAGUUGGUAAUGGAUCCCUACGAAAUUGCAUGGAAAUAUCUCAAGUCCGAUUUUGUCAUUGAUUUAGCUGCUUCAUUGCCUCUUCCUCAGAUAAUGAAUUGGUUCAUCAUACCAAAAAUGAAGAGAACAAAAGCAGAUCAAACAAACUAUACUCUCUCACUGAUUGUAUUAUUUCAAUACAUUCCUAGAUUUUUUUUAAUGUUCCCAUUAAACAAGCGCAUCAUCAAAACUACGGGGGUUGUUGCUAAGACUGCAUGGUCUGGAGCAGCAUAUAACCUCCUCCUCUACAUGCUAGCUAGUCAUGUUUUGGGAUCUAUCUGGUAUACAGCAGCUAUAACUCGACAAUAUUCAUGUUGGAGAUCACAAUGUAACGAAGAGAAAAAAAGAUUUCCUGCAUGCCUACCUAAAUAUCUAGACUGUUCUACAGUUCCAGAUGUUGAUAGACAAUAUUGGUAUAACAAUACUAAUCUGGUAAUCAAUUGUGACCCAAGAAAUGAUGAUGCUUCUUUCAAAUUUGGAAUGUUUGCUGAAGCUUUCACUAGUGGAGUUGGUUCCUCAAAUUUUGUUAGAAAAUAUCUUUAUUGUUUAUGGUUUGGACUCAAGAAUUUAAGCUCUUAUGGGCAAAAUUUGGAUACAACCACAUUUAUCGGGGAGACACUUUUCGCAAUUUGUGUUUGUAUUGGAGGAUUAUUUUUAUUUUGCCUAUUGAUCGGCAAUAUGCAGACAUAUCUACAAUCAUUAACGGUUCGUGUCGAGGAAUGGCGAAUAAAACGAAGAGAUACUGAAGAGUGGAUGAGACAUCGUCAAUUGCCUCUGGCAUUACAACAACGAGUUCAACGAUUUGUUCAAUAUAAUUGGUUAGCAACAAGAGGGGUUAAUGAAGCUUCCAUUUUAUGCUCUUUGCCUUUGGAUCUCCGUCGUGAAGUACAACGUCACCUUUGUCUUAACCUUGUCAGACGUGUACCCUUUUUCUCAAAAAUGGACGAGCUUUUGCUUGACGCUAUAUGUGAGCGCCUUGUUGCAACCUUGAGCACACAAGGAACAUACAUAUUUAGAGAAGAUGAUCCUGUAGACGAAAUGCUUUUCAUCAUUAGAGGACAACUCGAAAGCUCCACAACGGGUGGUGGAAGGUCUGGGUUCUUUAACUCAAUCACCUUAAGGCCAGGUGAUUUUUGCGGCGAGGAGUUACUAACUUGGGCAUUACUACCAAAUUCAAACCUCAGCCUCCCUUCUUCCACAAGAACCGUAAAAGCACUUAGUGAAGUCGAAGCCUUUGCCCUCGGAGCGGAAGAUCUUCGAUUUUUCUCUACUCAGUUUAAGCGUCUCCACAGUAAAGCGUUACAAGACGCGUUUAGGUAUAAUUCCCAUCAAUGGAGAAUGUGGGGUGCUUGUUAUAUUCAAUCUGCAUGGAGAAGGUAUAGAAAAAGAAAGAUGGAAAAGGAGAAAAAUACUAGUAAUGAUUUCCAUGAGGAGAGCCCUAAUAACAAUGUUCAACAUCUUGGCGCGACAAUUUUUGCUUCUAAGUUUGCUGCCAAUACAAUAAAAGGGGUUCAUCAAAAGUUUCCAUUAGUUAAGCCUUCUUCAGAUGAUGACUUGAAGAUUCCAAAGUUGUUCAAACCACAGAUGCCUGACUUUUCGAAGGAUCACAGUGAUACUUAGUACUCCAAUUGUUUCACUAUAAUGUUCCUUCUACUAUUUUACAACAUUUGAAAAUUUUGCUCCUGUUAUCAAACUAUUUUUUAAUUCCUUUUAAGCUAAGGCUUACAUUUUAGUGAA